CGUUGUAUGAUAUACAUUUAUCUUGUUUCUAUAACCAACUCUAAUUUUAACACUCUUUGGAAAAACUGCCGUCUGAUAAGACUUUAAGAUCACACAAAGACCUACAAUUCCGAUGUCACACGGUUAUGAAAAAAUUGCAACCCGAAUUUCUAAAAUUAAACGAACUGGUGAAGCUGACGUAGUUCCAGGGGCGCCCGCCAGACUAGCGCUGCGAUCGCGUCACCUCAUACAGUACGAAACGUACCGUGGAUCACACAAGGGAUGCAGACACCCUUUUAAUCAAUGGACAAGACAAAAGGUUUUUAGCGACUUCAGGUCAGGUCAGGCCACAUCAAGUCCCUUUAUAUAACUUUUUAAGAUAUUUUAAGGUGGUUAUUAAGGUUAUUAUUUUUCAAAAAUUAUUUUAUAAUACGAAUCAACAAAAAACAAGUAUACUAGUACAAAAGGUAUAAGGUUAUAUGACCAUCAUAAAAGUAGUUGACCGCAAAUAAAUACUCCCUUUAUGUGGUUCGCACUAAGCUUACCGGUUGGCAAUAAAUCGUCUUCUAAACAUUUCUUGCUCACAUUUAACAGGGCCGGCUUUCAAAGCGAGUGGUUAUUUCGGAACCCUCAGCGGCUGCAGGUAGUAAAGAAAUAGUGGAGUGGUGGAUUUUCAUAUUUAGUGAAAGCCGCCCCUGAACGAAACCACAACAGCCGGUCGAGCUGCAGCGGACACGUUAUUUACGACCCUAAAACCAUUUCUAUUGUAAACAACUGAACUUAUGAUGGCCAUAUAACCUUAUAGCUUUUGGUCCACUAUACAUAUGCAAUGCAGUUCUUCAAGUGCUAUCGGAAGGACUAAAUUGGAAAAUGUGUAUUUUAUUUUAAAGGAGCCUUAAACCUCAGUAAUUGAGUUUCAUCCGUACACUCGCCACUGAUUUUUUUUUAUUUCAUCUAUAAAUCUUCACAGAUCUGCGAGUGUUCAACUGUCUUCAUCAAUUAUCAGAUGUAUGCCAUAAUCUUCGAAAAGUACUGUUGCUACGUGCAAUAAUUUCUUACGGUGUACCUUGAUAAGAAAUGAGGUCAUUACGCAUAGUAUUCUAUAGAUACAAAUAACUUUUUUUUCAUUCAUACUCACGUAGUUUAAGUUAUUCUGAAACACUUUUGGAAUGCGAAAUGACGUAAGACGUACGUUUUUUAGCUUUUUAGCGCCCGUACUUCCGACAAACAUCGAAGGAAAGUGAAAUUUUAAUUAGCUCUAGCUUCAGACACUUUGGAAACUAAUUAAAUUGGGGCUAUUAAAUUUUCAAAUUUGACGGUGUUGGAAGUGAGAUGUCGCCUCAAACUUGCAAAUGUUAAUUUAUUCCAUGAAUUAUUAGUGCGAAAGUGGCGUGUCUAUGAUAAUUUCGGGUCGAAUUUUUAUCCUCGAAAAAAAAAUCGUCUGGCUUGGCAAGAUUUAGGACGUGUCGGUAUUAGGUUCUUCCGGGGCACCCAUUCUUCAUUCCUUGUUAUCCCAUCUCGACGAACACAGUCCCGUAAUUAAAUUUUGCGAUUGUCGAAAACUUUAAAAAGCAACCAAUGGGAAAAAUGGCUCGUUGUCCUUGUCGAGCGGUUGCGCUUGCGUGAGUCAUCGUUCACCAUUGGCCUCCUCAGACUGGCGCAAUGUGGUUUUGCGUUAUGUCUUCUUAUGUCAAUCGUGUCCGUUUAUGCAUGUCGUGAUGGUGCAGGUGGCGUUAAGUUUUUGCGUAAAGUAGCCUCUCUUCAGGUUCGGGCUUUAUUUUUAUUUUGAUCGCGCCUCUUCCCCGAAUCUCCAUCUUCCGCUCCGCGUUCAUUUGCCCAUCAAUGCGACGUCCACCGCAAUAAUGUCCAAGCACAAGCAUGAGAAGAAGACCAACGUGAUUAACCGCACCACCAGCGAGACCCUGCGGCUGGGGGAGGCCGAGCUGCGGGUGCUGCCGCCGGCGAACCCGCAGGCGGCGCGCAAGAAGAUCCAGAACUCGUCCAGCUCCUUCCAGAUCACCGGGGUGAGCAUGACCCGGACCGACGGCGACGACUCCGCCGACGACCUGGACACCGACGACAUCUCCAGGGUGACGGACAACGAGACGCCGAGCUUCUCGGAGGACUCGCGCGACACGGACGACCACCAGCUGGACGCCCCCGCGCCGGCCGAACCGCAAGCCGAGGUGAAGCAGAAGCCGCCGGACGAGCGCUUCAAGAUUGUCAAGAUCCCAAGUGCCGCCCCCUUCAGUCGGGGGCGAUGGAUCUGCGUCGACUACUUCGACGACGCCACCGAGAAGGGGCCCAAGCGGCUGGACAACGCCGCGAGAUCUGCUAUGGUACAAGAGCAAGGUAGAUUGCCGCCGAGAAAAGGGUUGCCUGCUUACACAUCGCCGCAUUAUACUACUAUUCAGCAGAACUUCAGUUUUGUUGGUACCAAACCUGCCGGAAGUGCGAAGGGUUUUCCUCAGGGCUAUUCUUCAAUUUUGACUAGCGAAGGCUUAGAACCGGCCGAUUUUGUGAGCCGGGAAAACAUUGCCCAAUAUAACCAGAAGGCUGCCACUCAACCAUCCAAUGUGAAUGGACAAAAGGACGAUAUUCUGUCUGACAUAAAAGUUGCCUUAACGUCAAUGCCAGCUUCAAAUUCGGGGUCUGCUCCCAACAACAACAACAUUGAUAGGAAGAUCGAAGAAGCUUUGGACGCUGUGAAGACUCACUUGAUGGUGGCUGUCCACAAAGAGGUCGACUUCUUGAAGACUAGAGUUAGCACUUUGGAAGGACGCGUCAACGAGCUAGAGAUUGAGAAUUCGAUUUUAAGAGUUAACUAUUUAUUGUUUAAGUCCUAAGGUAUUUCCCGACUUAGUCGUACGUGCAAUUUUGUGUUUGCAUGUUGAUCUCAUUAUUUCGAAUUAGAUUGUUAUUCCUUUUGAAGGAUGAUUGUUUCGUUGUUAAUUUUUACCCCGACAAUACUUUGUGAGCAGCAUUUGGGUUGCUUUAUGGAUAAACCCGAUUCGGUGGACUAACAUGUAGAUAAAUCAUCGAAAUUCAAAGGGAUCCGUUCAACCUUUGGAAAUGGGUCCCGUUGAAUUAAAUAUUUUAAUCGUACUUUGUAAUUUUCUUGUUUUAUCCAUCUUCCUGGCAUCGGCUAGGAAUCACAGCUCUUGACAAAUCUGCUAUUUCCUUGCACAUCAUUAUUUAUCGUUCAAAAACAAACUGCUAUGCCAGUAAGAUGGACUCGAGUUCUGUCCAAAAUGAAACAAGGGAAUGAAUUUAGAAGAGGUGAUAAGGAUUGUGAUGUUAUGUUAGGUUUUUUAAAUGUAGCUUUGUCGAUAAGGUGAUUUAUUGUCUGUGACAAUACUGAAGGACUGGUUUAAAAUUUUUUAUCAGGAGCAAUGCUGUAGAAUUAUUUGUGAAUAUCGAAUGGUAUAACUGUGCAUGGUGGAAGGUUUCUAACAUGAUCUGUGGGGUGUGCAUAUAAAAAAAGCUUUAUGGUAGAGUAUACCAAUAAUGGCUGUGCUAGGAAUUUAGAAUACUCUCAAGAGUAAGUCAUAGCGUAUUUAGUUUAUUUGAAAAUUUUCUAUUUUCAUAUUGUUUCAUUUGACAGUAUUAACCCUACUUCUACAAUAAUUUUACUGUAGCUUUUUAAGUAUCCACUGUGAAAGCACCAUUUAGGCGUAAUGGCUCUUUCACAUUUAUACCACCCGUUUGGUAACUAAUCUCUCACCUCUCCUUGACAUAUUAGUGAGAUUUUUGUUAUUACUCAUACUGAUUUAUUAUGCGUUUGUUACGUGGUUUUAAUGCGAUGCUCGGACAUCUUUUGUGCCAUAUUCUUUCAUCACCAGUUGAAGAGAAUGACCAUUGUCAUAUUUUUAUUUGUGUUCUCUUUAAUAAAAAUCAUAAAAUGUGAAA